GAACAACCGAGUAGCUUGGCUUCGCUGGACUUUGGUAAGUUUGUCAUACGCGAUACUGAGACUUAUUAUUUCGAUGUUGGCAGUUCAGAGAGGUUGAAACUACAAAGGAAAAUUUUGCAUUAGUAUAAAUAUAAAGCCGAAACGGUAGAUGUUGGUGGAAGAACCACAAUGGGUAGUUUACUUGCACCAAUUUUGCUCCUUUCGAUUCUCUAUGAAGACUUUGCAAACGAUAUAAAAGCUACCGGACUCGAUCUCCAAGAUAUUAGACGGGAAAUCAAUCAUCAGGGCAAUUUAUGGAAAGCCGGUUUGUCUAACAAGUGGCGUAGCAUCGAGGAAUUUCGAAAAUUACUAGGCUCCCGGCACGAGGGGACUACUUUAAGGAACAUUCGACGGAAGACUAUUCGGCACAGCCUACCUAUAAACGGCUUACCAAAGAAAUUUGAUGCACGGAUGAAAUGGCGCAACUGCACAUCGAUUGGGCAAAUCCGGGACCAAUCAAGUUGUGGUUCAUGUUGGGCUUUCGGGGCUGUUGAAUCAAUGAGCGACCGCGUAUGCAUUCACUCCAAAGGCAAACACAAUGUUACACUCAGCGCAUUGGAUUUGCUUGCCUGUUGCGAAAAUUGCGGAGAUGGCUGUGAAGGAGGCUGGCCAGGUCUGGCGUGGGAUUUCUGGAAGAAUGAAGGAAUCGUUACGGGUGGAUCAUAUUCAGAGCCAACCGGAUGUGCACCGUAUCCUUUUCCGGAGUGCACCCAUCACGGCAAAGGAACCAGACCCAAGUGCAACGAAGAUUUGUACAAAACACCGCCAUGCACUUAUCAGUGCCAACCUUCGUACAACGGUUCCUACUUUGAGGACAAAGUCAAGUCGUGGGCCUCAUACAACGUACCACAGAGCGCGGAAGAAAUAAUGAAGGAAAUUUACAUGAAUGGACCAGUAGAGGCAAGUUUUGAUGUAUACGAGGACUUCAUGUCGUACGAGAGUGGCAUCUACCAUCACGUGAAGGGCACCCUUGUGGGUGCCCACGCUGUGCGUAUCCUUGGCUGGGGAGUCGAAAACGGAACGGCGUAUUGGUUGUUGGCUAAUUCAUGGAAUGCAGAAUGGGGUGAGCAAGGCUUCUUCCGAAUGCGACGCGGCAGAAAUGAAUGCAACAUAGAGGCGGAAGUGGUCGCAGGUUUACCGUGAAGUAUUCAAUCGGACAUAAUGGUCACUGAACCUAUUGCGAUUUGUAAACGUUUGUGGAAUUACACGUGUUCUAACACCUUCAGACUAACCGCUUCA